AUGCAGGCAGAGUGGGUGAGAUACAGACUAAGCCCGUCUUGCUUUAUUUUAAAAGUGCAAAUUCAGUCAGAUAAGGCAUCGGUGCAACGAGAGAAAGCAAAGUCCGAGGCCGCAACUGAGGCAACCAGCUACGUUCAUGGGCUUAUCGGUCUUCAGUUUUCUCCGGCGCUGACCGGUACGACGGAGCCCGUAACCGAGCGAAAACCUUCGGUCCCUGCUGGCGCUGCCGGCUCGGACCGCGGCCCCCGCGGAGACGAACUCCUCCAGCCGUUCCCGGGCAGACCCGCCGCGGUCCCUCGCCGAGGCUCCUCAGGGCUUCGCGGCCCCCCCGCCGCCAGGCACGGGGCUCCCCGCGGCCAGGCCCGGCGCCGGGCAAGUCGGAGAGCAGGGAGGGACGGGCGGGCGCGGGGCCGAGCUCGCCUCCCCUCGCCGGGCCGGGGCCGGGCCGGCACUUACGCAGGGCGGGCGGCCGUCAGCGCCCAGGGCGGCCUGGAGGGCGGCCAUCUCCGCCGUCAGCUGCUCGCAGGCGGCGAUGCGGGCCCGCAGGUGCCGCUGCCGGGCCUCCAGCAGGCUCCGCAGCCUCCGCAGGUCCUCCUCCACCUACGGGGGAAACAGCGGUCACGGGGGGCGGCGGCGCCGCGGGCCGGGCCGUCCCCUGCCCCGCCGGCACCCACCGCGGGCCGCCCGUGGGGCUCCCCCGCCGCCUCCAUCCCGGGCCGGCGCAGGUACGGCCCGCGUCGCCAUGGGAACGGCGCCGGCCGCCACGCCCCCGGAUGUGCGUCACCGCGCCGUCCGCUGCUGGCCGGAAGCGGCUCUUGGAUGCUGAGGGCGCGGCGGGCGGCGCUGGCGGCGCUGGCUCGGGCCGGGGAGGGAGGGCCGGGCCCGGCACCGGCACCGGCACCGGCACCGGCACCGGGCCUGGGCCUGGGCCUGGGCCUCGCCCGCAGCGCCCGCCUGCUGCUGCCGUCCGGUGGCGCCGCCCAGCCCGACCCGCAAGGCUGGAGGGAGGCGGUGGCGGCCGCCGUCGGUGCCUUGCAGGCGGGCGGGCUGGUGGCGGUGCCGACGGACACGGUGUACGGCGUGGCGUGCCUGGCCCAGGACUCCGGCGCCGUGCGGAGCAUAUACAGUCUGAAGGGGCGGAACGGGAGGAAGCCGCUGGCCAUCUGCCUUGGGGACGUGGACCGCCUCUACAGAUACUGCCAGGUGAACGUGCCGGAUGAGCUGUUGCGGGACUUGCUUCCAGGACCUGUGACCCUGGUCUUGAAACGUUCGGAAGAACUAAACAAAGACUUGAAUCCUUUCACGUCGCUGGUUGGUGUUCGUAUUCCAAACCACCCUUUUAUUAGGGAGUUGGCACGAGCUUGCUCUGGACCACUGGCUUUAACAAGUGCUAACGUCAGCUGUAAGGCGAGCACGCUGACGGUUUCGGAAUUCCAAGACCUGUGGCCUCAGUUGUCCUUAAUCAUCGAUGGAGGCCCAAUAGGGGAUGUCCAGAGCCCAGAGUGUCGUUUAGGGUCAACUGUGGUUGACUUAUCUGUGUCGGGGAAGUUCACCAUCAUUCGUCCUGGCUGUGCACUGACACCUACAGUUGAAAUCCUGAGGCAGAAGUAUGGCUUGAUACCAGAAUCAUCUUGAGACUUCAGACGCUGAGGAGGCUCUGCAGAGCUGGUAAAGCUGGGCACUGUGUGCCUGCACAUUCAGGAAAUGGGCGUUCGUGGCCUUGUUUAAUAAGGUCAAUGGAUUAUGUGAAGGUUAAUAAACAAAAGAUUGAAAAAAAAGAUAAAAAAAUGAAGCAACAGUUGAUGGGUAUCUGUUAAUUGACAUCACAUCUGCUGUGGUCUGAGAAACCCACCCAAAUAUGUAUGCUGACCUCUCUGUGCUGCUGUACCAUUCCCAAAUACCUGUCUGUUUUAUUAACAUGAUUAGGCCUUUGAAAUACAGUAGUCUGAAUGCUAGACUAUUCUUAGGAUGGGAUGAUGAAGAUAGUGUCUGAUCUAACCUCCCCUUAACACUUAUUCCAUGUCUUUGUUUAUUGUAUCUGCACUGAAAGAAAAGCAAAGAUGGAAAAGAGGUUUUUCGAGCUUUCACGAUGUUAUAGCUGUGGUGUUCUCUGGCUGUUUUUCUCUGUUCUAAAUGUAAUCAAAACCUACUACUGAGAUGAAACUAAGUGCUUUUGAAAAUUAGCAGUAUUCAAAUGGUCCCUACCUAGACAAAAGCUGCUCAGAAGGACCUGGCUUCCUCAUAAUACAAAGAAUGAAAACAAGCUCUUAGCUUGCUGAUCUUCAUUUUUUAAAUGUGGACUUCCUUCUCUUGAUUUUGUUCUGAAACAGUGCUAAGCUGAAGUAAAUAGGGAAUGGAUGAAAGUUUCCGCUGGUAUUUAUUCUUCAUUGAAAAAUAAAGUUUAUGGAGCUGCUAUUAAUUUAAAAAAUGGUAA